CCGAAAUACACGGUUCUCCUGAAAAAGUCUUAUUCUCUAAUAUACAUAUUAAAAUACCAAAUUAAAAAUAUAUUUUCUUCUUUUAUUUAUUUAAUUAAAUAUAAUCGAUUUUCGGUUCAGAUCGGUUAUAUCCGGUUAUUAUCAUUCUAUAACCGAUCGGAUCGGUUCGAUUUCUGUUAUUUGAUUAAACCGAAAUUAAAUUAAAAAUUAGGGUUUAAUAUUUUUCCUCCUCUGUCGACAUCCCCUUCGAACUCCAUCCUACCAUUGUCGAAGCCAAGCUCUGCUUCCUCCCUCGAGCUCGAGUCAGUUCGACUCCCGCCUGUCCGUCGCCUGAGCCGUCUCCUUCGUCGCCGACGUUCGCCUCUGUCUGUGUCGUGUCUCUCUCUGCUGCUGUCGUCGUUCAAUGUUCACCUCUCUCUGGUCUGCCUCGCCUCGGUUCUUCGCCGCCUCUCUGUGACUGGUUUCUGAUUAUAAGCUUGAAAUCGAGCAAAGUCUGCGCCUUUUAGUAUGCUCGACUUAAGCGGGAGUGAACGUUUCGUUUUGUUCUGUCUUCUUGUCUGCAUAAUCGUUGUGCCUAGUUUCGGACAUGGGAGCAUGGUUGAUGGAAAAGUUUUAUAUGCCGGGAAGGAAAAAUGGAGGGAAACUUUACCAUUGCGAUCGGGUUCUCGUAUUUACAAAUUGGAGGGGCUCAAAUCAAAUGCUUGGUAUGAAGUGAAGAUAUCAUACCCAGCUUCUAUCCCUGCUAGCUUUUCGCUGCAACUACUUCGGGAUGGUGAUGAAAGCUCGAAGCGAAACAAGAUACGGAGAUUACUUAACACUGAGAAGUUGAUCUUCAUGACUGAGAGUCUUGAGGAAGUUAAUGAUAAGGGCGGGUUGAAUGUUUUGGUGACCGUGGAACCCGAGGGAGUUGUGGCAAUACCAAAUCUCCAAGAACGGCCAUUCAUCAUUUACAACAUAGUUUGUGAAGAACUACUGUUGGGCAUUCCUCACUCAAGCUGGUCAGUGGUUAUAUUGGUAAUACUAUGUCUUGUGGUGGCAUUGAUCGUACCCUGGUUCCUCCCCUCCUAUCUUCUUAUAACGAACCGAGGUGCACGGUCUGCAAGUCACAACGUCAGCAAGCAUUCUUGAACAUCAAAAUCCACCUGCAGGGCGGAAAUUCAAGGAAGCAAUGGAAAUGUUAACUCUCUAACCUUGAUUCCAUAACUGCGCUCUUGUCCUUUGUCUUUGCUAUCGCUUUCCAUUGUUCUUGCUCCAAUACGCUUCCGCUGAAAUGUUAUCUUAGAUUGGAUAGUCUAUGCAUAUCUCUUUUGCGUGAUCGUAA